UCCUCCACUCAGAAUCUCUCCCCCUCUCACUUUCUACUCCGCAGUGUCUCUCUCCCCCUCUCUCUCUAUACUCUCCUUUACUUCCAUUACAGUAUUACACCGGUCUGGAUGAUUGCAGAGACAGCAACAUGGCUGUGAAUCUCGGCAAGAACAGACUGGCCCUUCUAACAGCCUACCAGGAUGUUAUCAACGAGACCUCGUCCACUGACUGGGCCUUGUUCUCAUAUGAGGGCAACAGCAAUGAUUUGACCCUGGCAUCAUCAGGAGCUGGAGGUCUACCAGAGAUCACAGUGACCUUCGAUAAUGGCCGGGUCAUGUACGGCUUCUGCAGCCUGAAGGAGCCCACGGCCGCACUGCCGCGCUACGUCCUCAUCAAUUGGGUUGGUGAGGAUGUGCCUGAUGCCAGGAAGUGUCAGUGUGCCAGCCAUGUGGCUAACAUUGCAGAGUUUUUCCAGGUCAGUCUCACUGAGGGAGUCAACGUCAUCAUCAACGCCAGCACCAUGGAGGACAUCGAACCAUCUGCCAUUGGACAGAGACUGACAAAUGGGAUGGCUUCGGUGGCCAGCCCCGUCCUCAGCCGGCUGAGAACCAGAGAGGAGGAGAAUGGAGAGGAUGGAGUGGGCACCGUGUACACCAAAACCAACGCAGAGAUUGAGAUGAAGAAGAUCAAUAGAGAGGAAUUCUGGGAACAAGCCAAGCGUGAGGAAGAGUUGAGAAAGGAGGAGGAGAGGAAGAAGGUUGCGGAGGAGAGGCAACGCUUCGAGGAGGAGAGGAUGGAGCUGGAAAGGAAAGAGCAGGAGGAUAGAGAGAAGAGGUACCGCGAGAGGGAGAGGCAGAUCGAGGAACACAGAAAGAAGAUACAGGAGGAAGAGGAGGCCAAAGAGAGGACACGGAACCAGCCCCUCAUAACAGCAGAACCUAGCUAUGAGGACCUGGAGAAGGAGAAGGAGAAGGAGUCUGAAGUGGAGGAGGCGAAAGCCCUCAUUGCCCAGCGGGCAGACAACCCCAGGGAGUUCUUUAAGCAGAAGGAGAAGGCUGUAGCUACUGGUUUGGACAUCUCCCCUGUCUCUAGCCACAGGACCGGCCGUUUGGACAGCCCGUUACCAGGCCGUUUGGACAGCCCGUUUUUGAAGCAGCAGCACAGUCCCAGCGAGCCCAGUCCGCCCCCCCUCCGCACCCCACCUCACUCGAGGCUGCAGCCCACUGCACCCGAUGGCGAUGAUGAAGGGAGCUUAGAUCACAGUAUGGGAACGUCCUCAACGCCAAUCCCCAAAAUAGUCACCACACCCAUCCAGGAGGCGGAGGAUGACAGCCGGAACGAGUGGGGUGAGCCCAAGCAACAGCCAGGCCCAGUCCAGGACUCCACCCCCACCAAGCCCAUUCAGAGCGUGGCACCCCAGACCCGCACAGACUCCAAACCCCCAUCUUCUACCCCGGACGACUAUGACCCUUUCUCAGGCUUCAGGCCCCUGCCUGCCCCCACCGCCGCAGACCCCCUGGUGGAGAUAUGGGACAGCAGCCCUGCAACCGGCAUCGCCCCCUCUCAGGCCCCACACCCUGGAGGGCAACCCCAGCCCCUGCUGAGCUUUGACGAGAUGGGGGAUGUACCAUUCUGCCCGGGGGGUCCUGAGGGGGUCGAGGAAGAGCCCUCCAGCCUAGUGGAUGUGGCCGGGACCCAUGAUAUGACCCUGAGCUACCAGCAAGCACUGCAGCACGCUUCAGAUGAUACUCAGCUGAUGACCAACGGGGAGACCCUGCUCAAAGAAGGGACUCAGGCGAACGAGGGUUACUUCAGCCAAUCGCAGGAGGAGGAGAAAUGCUCUGCUAAAAUGACCCCAACAUCAGUGUUUUAUAACAAGCCACCAGAGAUUGACAUCACAUGCUGGGACACAGACCCUGUAAUGGAAGACAGCGACUAGACCAUGGCGAAGUAGUCCGGUCCGGCGGUGGAAAGCAGAAACAACGCAUCAUCAACAACGAAACAGACUUUUUUUUAAAGUAAUAAUAACAACAAGUCUUGCAUAAAAAAAAUCGGUAUAAUGUUCUAGAAGGGGAAAAAACUGAUGUUAGCCACAUGAAAAGGUUUUUGAGUUAUUGUUAAAGAUGCUAAUGCAUUAAUAAUGAGCUCUUGGUUUUGUGUUUUUUUUCUUUUUCUUUGAUUUCUCCUUUUUUUGCUAUGCAGAGUAAAUAGUGGGGGGUGGGGAAUACUUUCUUGAGAAUGUAUGUGUCUUCUACAGCAGACUAAACACCCUGUACCAGACAGGUAGCCUAUUAGAAUGUAUAGCAACCCUCCCCCUCCGUUCUCCCUCGUUCUGGGUAGCUACAGUAGUUGGGGAUCAGAGAGGAGUGGUGCCUAGUGUAAUCCUGUAGUCUUUGAUGUUUCAGUUUGGCCAUGGGGCAAUGGGAGGGUGGGGGCAGAUGAAGGCGUGGCGAACAUCAGACUACAGGCUGGGAUAGCAGUACCAUUGUACUACCCCAUAGUAAAACCCUGAUACAUACAAGGGAGGUAUAACGAAAUACUUGUUUUGUGCUGUACCAAGUCACUUUGAAAAGGAAUAUCUAUUGUAGUUUGUUAUCGUUGUGUUGGUUGGCAUCUCUCCCAGCAGAAAAUCUGACAUGGGGAAAAUAAGUAUGAUUUUUCUACCUAUUAGAAGUGUUCUAUAAAUUGACAUUCAGGAUCUUUGAAUCAUGGCAAUAGCGGUAGUCUCUUGUUUUGUCUAGGCAAUGACUGUAUCUAGAGCACUCGGAUGGGAAUGAGGACGUUCAUCACACAUUGUGGCACUAUGAACGGAACAGUGUGUCUUGUGCUAAGGUGGUUCUAGAGCUGCUGCAGUAGUCUCUGCUUUGUAACACUACACCUUCUUUGCAGUAAAUGACACAAAUGCACCCUUUUGCUUUCCAUGUGUAUUUAUUUCCCUUGUCCUUCUUUUAAAAUGAUGUAGUUCACAUGCACGUCCCUAGAUGGCCUCAGCACCGUUUUGUAUACUAUUGUAAUUCUAUUGUUGGACUACCUCUGUGUUGUUUUUGCACAGAUAUCAUUCUCUCACCCAGUUAUCUCGUUUCUGAUUUCACUGUUAACAGUCUAAAUGAGAACCAUUCCGGUGGAUUAGUUUUGCCAGGUGCCCUUCUAAAUGCUUUUGAUCAUCAAGCCUGGUUUUAAACGGUAUUAUUGCUCUAAUGUUUAGAAACAGGUUCUAGCUUCUUGAUGCAUCCCUCUCCACAUGGCUUAUAGACCAGUCUUCCAUUAUUUCAUCUACAGGAGGUUUCUUAUCAUUACUCUUCAAGGUUAUAGUUUCAUUCCUGAGAUGCCACUCCUUAGAUCUGAUUCUAUAUCAAUCCAGGCAUUCUUACCCAUAGAUAUAGAACACUUCUAUAGCAGCUAUAUGUUGUUAUAGCUAUGUGCUCUUACCACAGAAUUCUGAGUGGGAACCAACAAGCAAUAAGAAAAUUAACCAAUCUAGUAUUUUGUCCUGUAAAUAGCGUUUGUUUUUUAGAAAUACACAACUACAACUAAUGAACGUCUAACACUUUGUCAUUGUGGCCCUUAUGAUUAUGACACUUUGAAUUUAGGCUUGUUGUGGGAUUGAAUGAGAUGUUUAAAUAAAGUUUCUUUGAAGCGAAAUAUGAAAUGUGAUUCCAUAUCCCUACCAGCCUUUUUCUGUAUAUGAGAAUCAAAGAAUGCUUAGUAAGAGCCGACCAACCUGCAUCUUUAGCAAUAACUGACACCCUUUCUACAUGAUUUCAAUGUAUACUUCUUCACCCUGAUAACCUCCUGGGUAGUAAUUAUUAUUCUCUCCCGAUCACACUACUAGGAGACUACUACUACUACUCUACUACUACUACCCCUCUUUGCCCCAAAGCAAGGCUUAGCUGUUCCUUGUCUUAUCUCUCUUUUCAUUUAAAAUAUAUUUUAUUUAUCUUCCCUCUUUUCCAUCCGCUUCUCACACGCUCUGUUUUUUAAAUAAGCACAAGAUCUUUUGUGACAUGCUAAGUGCUGAUGUAUGUUAAUAAAAGACUUAAAAACCUCCAAA